UCGUGUCUAUGACAUUCGCCGAUCUUGGUCCAUUGAAGAGCCUGAACAUCCUCUACAUUCCUUACAGAGAAAAAUCCGACGUGCUUGCCUUCUGUGCACCUGUUCCAGCAAACGUUUAACUUGGCAUUCCAUUCACACCCGAGAAAAAGCCUGGAAGAAUUACAGGUUCUUACACAUUAUGCGGCAGCGUUGCCGCUUAAUAUGCAGUCGAUCGUCUCUUUAUCUCUAUGUCACGGCCAUCGCUCUCUUCACUCUCUGCAACAUUUUGGCCAUCAUUUUGAUAUCUCGUAAUACCAAACAAAACGAUCAACCCAUCGAGAAAAUAAAUGUGGAAGAACCAAUAUUUCCUCCACAGGAUGGGGGUCUCCUGAUUGGAAAUCUUCUCUCCAGUUUUGUUUUUAACUUUAAUCAGUCGUCUUCCAGAACCGACACGAAGCGCACUUACAUCAUCCAUGAUGCAGUUGUGGUUGGUAACGCAUAUGAAAGCUAUAGGCAGUCUGCUUAUGUCACCCUGGCCACACAAUGUUCCGUCGAUAGACUGCAUAUGUUGUUCGAACUGGCUGACAUCUGGAGAGCCCCAAUGUCUAUUGCAGUUUUUGUUCCUGGCGUGGACUUCUAUAUUGCGAAGGUAUAUAUCGCGUAUCUUAGGCUUUGUUCUCAGGUCAUACGUACAAACGCUACAUUCCAUUUCUUAUACCAUCGCGAUAUGGCCCCCACAGAUUCUUAUCUCUCAGAUCAUGCCCACGACCACCAGGCUGUUCCGUCUUGUGCAAGGAGCAAAGAGGCCCUUCCAUUGCUACUCCGGUACAGAACUAGCAGCUUCAGACGCUGGUGGCAGCAAGCCCUCCAUCCUCAGAACCAUUUGAGGAAUGUUGCUCGCAGAGGUGUCAGGACACCUUAUCACUUCCUUACAGACAUUGAUAUAUUGCCUGUGAAUGGGCUCGCCCAUCAAUUGGAUGUUUUUCUCAGUACAUCCCCCAAAGGACAGUCAUGUCCUAAAUGUGUGUAUGUAGUGCCUACAUAUGAGAUGCCAGAACAAUUGCCCGUACCGAGAAGCAAACCUGAACUUUUGGAAAGGAUAAAUAAAAAGCAGAGCAGACCUUUUCAUGCAAAAGUAUUUAUUCAUAAUCAGUAUGCAACUAAUCACUCGCUUUGGGAAAAGAUACCAAACACUAGGGAACUUGAGGCUGCUUACAAGAUUAGCAACUAUGAAUUUUUUUAUGAACCUUUCUUCGUCGCAAGAGCUAAUGUUCCUUUAUACGACGAAAGGUUUAUAGGCUAUGGGUUUACCAGAAAUACUCAGGUCUUCGAAAUGCAUCUUGCUGGCUUUGAAUUGUGGGUCCUGAAUCCAGCUUUCGCAAUUCACAGAGGUAUCCAGAAUAAAAGAGGGAGAGGAGCUUGGCGAGAAAGGCAGAACAUCAUCAAUAGGAAACAGUUCAUUCGAUUCAAAAAUGAAAUGGCAAUCAAAUAUCGAUCGCGCACAAAGGGACGCUUAUAAAUUUCGCCAAAGAAAACAGAAUUCCAAAGUAUUGACUCUUUAUUUUUAUGUUUUAUACUGGAAAGUGCUAUCUGUGUUAUUUGAAAAAAAAUUGUAUCCUUCCAAGAGGUAUCAAAAUGUAUAUUGUUUAUGAAAACCCGAGCGUAUUAAUGCUCCUAAGAUACAUGCCAUUAGCGAUCAGACAAUUUAAUUAUAAUACAAUUGAGCAUCGUGCAGGACAUAAAAGUAUAUGGUGAUACACCACAGCAUGAGAAUGUAUAAUAAUAUAAGGGUUACCCAAAUGAAAAAUGGACAAGUUGAAUGAAAAGAAUAUCUUUAUUGGUAAUCAUGAGAAAUUGUCAUGGCAGUUGUAACACAGGUUAUGUAGUAGGUCUUUGCCUUUGCUGUAGGAAGAUGGUGACUGAAUCUUGAGGAAGUCCUUCACUUCGUCGUCCGAAUGCAAACGUAUCCCCUGCAACGUUCUUUUAAGUAGCCCAAAGAUGGAAAUCACAGAUCAAAGACAAAAUAAAAGAUGUGGAAAUCACAGGGGAAAUAUUCCGGACUGUACGACUGAUGUUCUAACUUUUCACAACGGAGUUUUCGUUAAGGUCGUCUGAGUUUCACGAGAAACGUGUGGGCGGUCACUGUCAUGGAAAAUGAUCACAUGUUGUGUGAGAAGGCCUGGCAGUUUGCUUUUGAUUGCUUUCUGUAGUUUAUCAGAGUAUUGCAGUAUUGUUUUGGAUUGAUAGUGCUCCUUUGGGGCAGGAAAUCAAUGAAGAGUGAUCUACGGCAAUCGAAGAAUCUGAAACCCUACUACCGCGCUUUGUUCCGAUCUGGACGCAUCUAUGCAUAACACGACUUUACUUUCGAUCGAUUUCCUCUAAUACAAACAGCUUUCAUUGUUGAACGCCGCAUGCAGUGCAUACCUCCUUCCGCCUUUUAUAUCAAAUUUUGGUGGCGUUGUUAUGGCUGCAGUCAUUCUUACGCAAUCUUAAGUGUCCAUUUUAAAUUUGGGCAACCUUCAUAUAUGAAUUAGCACUUGGUUAUUAUAAUUAUUAUGCCGAAAAGAAUCCGGUUUUUUUUUUUUUCUUUCCUUUUGUUUCUCCAAAUAAAAUUCUUGCUGUGAGAUUUUUUUUCUUCCCGCCUUAUAAUAAAUGUAUCAUUGUCAACUGACAUCGAAAUUCUGAAUUGUAUACGUUUUCUUUAUUAUAACUACAAUUGAUCGUUAUUAUCAUUUGUGUGCAUUCGGAUUUUUUUAUUUAUAUCUAAAAAAUCUACAGUUUAUCUAUAAUUGAUGAUUACUAUGCUAAUUGCAAUGUCCUAAGAUAUGAUCACAUUUAACAGACACAUGUGUUGAUUUCUUGCUUUUACGAUACCCAAUAAGUAUAAGAUAUUGUCCGAUAUUUCCAAACUAUGUUUUUCUAUAUUUUAAAAAUCGUCUAAUAUCAUGAAGAUAUUGUAACAAUAGUGUUGGGAUUUUUGUACUAAUAAAAUAAAUAAUGCAAAUAAAAUUGCGUUUACUAUACUUAUGCUAUUUUUUUAUGUAAUUCGUUUAGCUUAAUUGCUUCUUUGCCACAAUUGGGUUCUUUUACCAGAAAAUAUUACUAUGUUCACAACACAAACGAUAUAAGGCGAUGAUAUAUAAUUUUUAUGAAUACUUUUGAGAAACAACACCUCGCAAUAUAUAUAUAUAUAUAAAGUAAAAACUAUGAAGUUGUGAAUAAGAUUUGAAUCAUUCUAUUUCUGGAAUUAGACAUGAUAUCCAUUGAAAUGUUUAUUUUAAAAUUCCCCAGGAUAACGUCUUUAGUUCCUUAGGCUGUUUAUAUUGGAUAAGUAAUUGAUUUUUUUUUUAAAUGCAGUGUAGCAUAAUUCUUAUAAUUAUGGUGUUUCGCUAAAACACAUUUAAUGUAAUAGCAUAACAAAUAUGAAUUUAGUUUUAUAUCAAUACAUUUAAUAACUAUUGUUGUGAAUAAUUCAUAAAGAGAUAAUUGUCCGAUAUAUUGUGAAAUAAUUGUCUACUUAGAUGCAUUUUCUAAUAGAGACUUAUAUUCAACAUUUAUGUGAAAUUUUUGUUUCAUUUGUACACAUAUUAGUUACAUGUUUAUAUAUUUAUAUGCUUCCAGAAUCAAAUCAAAUCA